GCCUCCCCCAAACCCUAGUGGGGGCUACGGGGACACGUCACGCGCAGCCACCAUGGGCAAGAAGAGCAAGCGGCACAAUGCUGCCGCCGUGGCGGCGGCCGACGGCGACGAGCCUCCGCCGCCGGCUCUCGCGGAGGCGUCCAACGGGGGCGAGGUUCCUCCGCCGCCGCCUUCGGUGGAGGCAGCAGCCAACGGCGGUGGGGCGAAGGCGGACGAUGGGAGGCGGGAUUCGUCGCCGGAGCGGGAUGACGGGGAGGCGGAGAAGCUCAAGCACCUCAACGGUAUGCUCGUCAGCAGGGCCGCUGAGGAACAGAAACGGGCGGCGGCGCUCGAGGCGCGGCUCGACGAGCACUCGGCCGACGCCGCCACGCUCGCCGCAGGGGAGCGUGGGGUCCUCCUGGAGGCCCUCGCGGGCCCGCUCCGCGCCGCGGAGGAGGAGCGUGCGGCCUUGCGGGAGCGCCUCGCAGGGGUCCAGGAGUCGCUCGGGCGCGCCAAGGCGGCGGAGGCUCGCGAGGCGCGGGAGAGGGCUGAUGCCCUGGCGCGGCUCGCGGAGGCAGUCGCUGAGAACGGCGGGGUCUCGGAGCGCCUCAGCGCCAAGGUGGUGGAGGCUGCCGCCGCGUCCAAGAAAGUCGAGAAAUUGGAGAGCGUGGUUGUCGAAUUGGAGAGGAAGAGCUCGGAGCUGCGUGCGGAGAGGGGCGAACUGGAGAAACAAUUGGAGGCGACGAAGGCGUCAGCUCGUGCUGUCCAGUUUCAGAAGGCGGAGGUAGAGGAAAACUUCAAUGAGCUCAUGAAGGAGAACGAGAGGUACAAGCAGGAGAUGGAGCAGAAGCUUGAUGUGAAACUGAGGGAAUUGGAGGCUCUGCAAUCCAUGAAGGUGGAAAUGGAGGCAAAGGUCGGAUCUUUGGAGGUACAGCUCUGUGCGGUCAAUGCUAGGAACAGGGAAUUGACGUUGGAUUUGGGCGCAGGGGAAACAGAGUUAACCGCAGCAAAGACUGAGGCGGAGAAGCUUCGAACAGAGGUUGAGGAGGCGAAUAAGAAGCACAGCACAGUGGUCGCUGAGGCGGAUGGGCUGCGGACUGAGAUUGACGAAAUGGUGAAGGUGAAGGAGGCGGCUGCAGCAGCAUAUGAUGCUGAGAAGAAAGAGAUGGAGGCUGAGUUGGAUGGACUUAAGAGGAAGGUGGUCAGGAUUCAGGCCGAGAAGGAUGAUGCCGUGGGCAUGUUCCGUGAGAAAGAUGCUGAAGCUGGAAAACUGGGGGAUGAAUUGGAGAGGCUCCACGGCUCCAUGACUGAGCUCAGGGUUCGCUGUGAUGCGCUUGGUGUGAAGUCUUCCAACCUCCAAGAUGAGAAGGAUUCUGUUCGGAAAGUGCUUUACCAGGAGAAAGCUGAAGCAGAAAAGCUGAGGUUGACUAUUGGGAAGCUUGAGAGCUGUAUCGGCAGGAAGGAUUGUGAGAUUGGGACACUGAAGGAAGAAGUUGAGGACAAGGGGGUCCAAAUCGAUGCCUUGAACGGGGAGCUUGAGCUGCUGAAGCUCGCAGCCUCUGAGGCGCAGAGGAGGGAGAAGAAUGGCGUGUGGACAUGGUUGUACCCAGCUACCACCACUGUGUUUGCUGCUGCUUCCUUUGUCUACGCCGCCCGUAGUCGGUGAACAGCUAGCUCUUUUACUCGCUUUUUGUUCACUUGCUUAAGUAUGUAUUACUCGAAAUAACCAGGCUUCCUACUUAUGGUACUUGGUAUGUGAUGAACCGUUCAGUACUAUGAAAUAAAGCCAAUAUUUCGCUAA